CACCGACUCCCACAACUACAGUGGUUAUGUCAUUCACCCACGUGUUAACCUUUCCCCUAGUUUGACAGUCGGCACUGCAUUUUUGGUAGACGCUUCGUUGACAAAGAACAUUCAAAAGUUUAGAAGCCUACCAAAAUAAUACAGUGUGUACUGUCCUUUCCGACAACCCUUCUGCUCUCAUCCGGAGGUCUCGGUUCGAGGAUGUGGACGACCACUAUAGCACGAUGUACCCUGCCGACCAUGCUCAAGCGAAGCUCCGUCUUGGCCUGCCAUGUCUUGAGGGCUGGGGGUAGGCCUGGAUGGGCAGCCGCCAUCUCCUCAUCUCCUUCUCUUCACCUGACCUGGAGGCAGCUCCGUGGGCACGGGACCCAUGCACCCGCCCCGCUCCCUUCCACCGCCCUGGGGGACAGCCCUGGGGUGAGGCAUGUCCGGGCGCUGGAGCAGGAAAGGCUACUGGAGGUUGAGUGGGAGGGCAGCGGACAGAGCCUGUACCCGUACACAUGGCUUAGGGACAACUGUCAAUGCCCACUGUGUACCCUGCAGUCGGCCCAGGCUCGCAGCCUGCUGCUCUCCCAGCUGGACAUCCACACUGGGGUCGACCGGGUCCAGGUCACUGACAACAACAAGGUGUCCAUAGUGUGGCCGGACCAGCACACCAGCGAGUUUGACCCAGAAUGGCUGAGGAAACGGUGCUUCUCUCCUGCUGCCAGACAAGCCCUACAAGAGGAGCUCUUCCUAAACGAGCGUGCGUACUGGGACUCAGAGCUGCGGAUCCCCACGGCCAACUUCGAGGAGGUCCUCCACGACGACAAGGCCGCCCUGGCCUGGCUGCUGGCUCUACGCCGCGUGGGCAUUGUCUACCUGAAGGGGGCGCCGGUGGAGCAGGGUCAGGUGGCCCGCCUCAGCCAGAGGAUCGGAUACCUCCGACUGACGUUCUAUGGGCACACAUGGCAGGUGCAGGACAAAUCCCAGGCUAACAAUGUGGCCUACACCUCUGGCAAACUCAGUCUCCACACUGACUAUCCAGCACUGCACUACCCACCUGGAGUGCAGUUCCUGCAUUGCCUGAGCCAGGCUGGCGAGGGCGGGGAGAGUGAAGCAGUGGACGGCUUCCACAUGGCAGAUCAACUGAGGAGAGAAGACCCCGAGGCCUUCAAGACCCUCACCUCCCUGCGGGUGGACUUCACCGACACAGGGUCCGACUACUGCGACUUCAUGGUGCAGUCCAAGAACCACAUCAUAGAUGUUGACAGUGAUGGGCGGGUGGUCCGGAUCAACUACAACAAUGCCACCAGGGACUCUGUGCUGGACCUCCCCCUGCACCAGGUCCAGGCCUUCUACAGCUCCCUCAAGGCCUACGUCCAGCUGAUGACGCGACCAGAAAACAUGCUCACCUACAGGAUGGAGCCUGGCGACCUGGUCACCUUUGACAACUGGCGCCUGCUCCAUGGGCGGAAGAGCUUUCAGAGCCACCCAGACCGGGUGAGACACCUGGAGGGAGCCUACCUGGACUGGGACGAAGUCAUGUCUCGCCUGCGGAUACUCUGCAAGUCUGUCCGCGGAGAGAGCUAGACCCGCCAAGCUCCCAGAUCGAAGCCUCCUCCAACUAUAUAGAACCGCAUCAAUCUACAACAGGGCUCUCCAACCCUGUUCCUGGAGAGCUACCGACGUGUAGGUUUUCACUCCAACACUAAUCUAGUGCACCUGAUUCUAAUAAUUAGCUUGUUGAUAAGCGGAAUGAAAUCAGUUUAGUUGCAACUGGGAGUGAAAACCUACAGGAGGGUAUCUCUCCAGGAACAGGGUUGGAGAGCCCUGAUCUACUGAAUUUCUGAGCGGCCAAAAGAGGCAGAGGCUAAUUGUCUAGUGGGCUACGCCUACUCGUGUGUGGGUCAAGAUGGCUGCCAGUCUUUUGAACAGAGUGACAAGUGGGCAAAGUGCAAGAAGAUGGGGAAAAGGGUUGAGCACUUUCCUAAAUGAUCAACACUCCCCUUUAUAAGUGCUAACAGAGACAUAGAAGCUGUUUAUGAGUAGCAUAGCUAUGAAGAAUCUGUCUUUUACUGUAUGAAGCCAGUAGACUAUAGUGCCUUUGUUCUUAGGGUUGUGUAAGCGAAAAUAUUGCGCUAUCUUUCCCUUUGCUCUAAUCUAUUUUUCUAUCGGCCUGUGUUCUGCUGGUCAAAAUUUGGGUAGCACUUUACUACAUCUACUUCUCAAUGUCUUAAGGGUGUCACGUCAACAAGAGGUGAUGAAGGUUUUGACAUUUUCUACCUCUUGUAUCCAGUAGUAUAGUUCAGUUUCAGCCAUCUAACCUUAAGAAAAAAAUUGUGUAUAGCACUAGUAUCAGCCCCACAAAUCAAUCCUUUUUUUAAUAACUCUCUAUACAGUAACUCUCCACACGUAAAAUGUAUGCACAUGCACGUUUGGGUAAAAGCAUCUGCUAAGGGAUUAAUCUAAAUGUACAGAAUGGUUACCUGGAGGAAAUUGGGGUAGGGUCUUGGUUUUUCAAUUUCAGUCAAGGGGAGGGUUUAGUAUUUUUUUGGUUGUUAUCUAGUCCAGGGGGAGGGUCAUGUAAUUUGUAAUUUAUGAAAUUUCAAUAUUUAUCAAUGUUUUAGAAUGAGUUGCUUAUUAGGCUCUAUUUUGAUGUGUGCCGGAUGCCGCCCCUUUGCUCAAUAUCAAGUGUGCAUAUAGACUCUUUAGUGUAGUCUCAAUAUGUUUCUCGCCCAUUAUGUAUUUAUCAGAGUCAUUGACACAAUCAAUCAGAAAUAGACAGCUCAUGGUGCUGAAAGUAGACAUAUUUCAUUUCAGUGCUGGCCCCUCGUGGGAAUCGAACCCACAACCCUGGCGUUGCAAACACCAUGCUCUACCAACUGAGCUACAGGGAAGGCCUACCUGUUAGAUGAAAUGAGGUAAUAGAAUGCUAUAUCCAUAUAUUUUUUGCUCAAUUCCUCCACCCGCUCUUUAAAUAUCCAACCUCCAUGUCAAUGACAGGCUGUUAAGUUAAAACCAAGACUCGAAUUGACGGGAUAUGAAAGGGGAUGCCAUCGGCCUACCUUUUAUUAAAUAAAAUGGCAAAAAGCACCGACUUUUGUUCGCUUAAGAUUUGGAAUAAAAUUUAACUGAUCCGAUUUAUAUAAAGUGAUGUAUAACAGUGCCUUGGCCCGAGAUGCUUUAUGCUUGUUUCUAGAAACACUAUCAAUUGAUUAAGAUAUUCACUUUCUGUAGGCUAAAAUAAUGUUUAAACCCAGACAGCUUUUAAGGAAACACUUGACCUUCCCUCGUUGGGUUAAACAUGAAACCACGGAAGAACAGAAGCCUGCAGUUAAAGCUUACAUUUUUAUGCGUCGGUAAGCCUACUCUGCCUGGGGUGGAAAGGUAGGCCUAACUUUUGAAAGUACCAUGUUUAGAUUCCUAAUGACGUCUCAGAUGUAAUUAUUUGUAAACAAGACACUGAUUUGGCAUUGGAGAAAUAUUGUAAGAUUAACACUUAAGCCUAUCUCUCUGUCAAUGUUUAGAAUGUAAUUUCGGUAAUUUGUGUGGUAUUUAAAAAUACAUGUGAAAUUAUGAAUUAAAUGACAUUUUUAUAAAAGGCUUUUUUUUUUACCGGCAAUUAUGAUCGAUUAAUGCAAUGCUUUUACUAUAAAGGAGAUAUUUCCACCCCUAUGCUACUCUUGUCCAUGGUGAUCUGUAAGCUUCUGGCCCGCAGCCCAGUGCGAUAUCAAAAUUCUGGCGUUGCCAUGUAAUGCUUACAGGAUGAAGAACAGUUUGUAAAACUGCAUAUCUAAGAUUCAGGUACAAUAUAUUUUGCUGAAGGGAGGGCCCUCCAUUUUCAUUGUAAAGAGGUUUGAUUUUCUCCAUGUAACCCUUAUUAUAAAUAACAUUCAAUAACAACUCGUCCUCUUCAGUACAUGUGCAUGUUGAAAGCCGCAUUGUGCAACUUGGCAUUUACUGUAGUUCCAGUACAAACAAAUAUUUGCUAUUCAGUUACAAUCGUCUAUUCUUUAUCACAUAUAUAGUUAAUGCUAACAGGACUCAUUGUAAUCAUUUGUGGUGAUAUGUGAAUCAGUGCCUUGACAAAUGUGUUAAUAAAAAAAUAAAAAGGG